GUUCUCCAAGUCCUGCAACCACAUAACCGCUGGAUCCUGCGAACACCAACUUAUGGCAAACCACCAAUAGCGCAUUCUGCCUCUGUAUUUUCCACAUACUGUGAGAAAUAAAAGGGAUCCUGGAUGGACCUGGGUGAUAACAGCUGGUCCAUGGUCAAGCGCGAAGUGUCCAGCAGCAGCCCAGGGUCUCCGGCUGAGCAGAGCUACCUGAACACUGACCGCAGGGACCGGCUGAGAUCACCUGCGCCGACGCACCUGGACGCGGUGGGAACGCGUCGCGCCGAGGGCAGGCCCCUACACUCCUACGUCCACUUUGGCCACCCCAACAACGCCCUGCCCAAUUCUGACGACGUUACACUCUUCACGGAUUUAGACCAGGGCAACAAACUCAUCAUCUCAGGUGGGCACACCAGGGAGACGCAUAAGGGAGGCUUAAUUGUGGACCCUACCGACAUGUAUCAGACCCUGGCCAUCGCCGCGGCCCAGAGUCAGGCCGGUUAUAACGACACGCCAUCGGCCGGUUACAUGCACUCCAACCCUAAUUCUCCCGUUUAUGUGCCGACGUCUCGCGUUGGAACGAUGAUACCGAGUUUAUCGUACCUACAACCCAGCGUGUCAUCGCAGUCGAGCCAUGCGGUCAGCAGUCAUUCGGUCUGGUCACAGUCCGCCCCAGAGAGCCCAUCCUACAGCACUGGAAGCCCACAUACCUCCAACCGUUUCCACUACUCCCCCAGUCCGCCUAUGAAUAACGGCACAUCGAGGGAAACCAGCUAUACGAAUCCUCUGAAUGUAAACAGUCGAGACCAGUACCUUUCACGGCCGAUAAGUGGAUCUUACACAAGCCCGUAUCCUCCGUAUGUUGCACCGCAGCUAUCACAGUUACCGGCGGCGUGGCCCGCGGGGCCCUUCGACAACUCCAUGCUGCAUUCCCUGCAGUCCAGAAGCGCACCGCUGUCUAUCAGGGGGCCAAACGGAGAUUUGCUGGAGGACAUGAUGGAGAGCCGCGAGUGCGUCAACUGCGGCUCCAUUUCCACCCCGCUGUGGAGACGCGACGGCACGGGUCACUUUCUCUGUAACGCCUGCGGUCUGUACAGCAAAAUGAAUGGACUCAGCCGACCAUUAAUUAAACCUCAGAAGCGUAUGUCGUCUUCAAGGCGGAUUGGCCUGUCAUGCGCGAACUGCCAGACCAGCACUACAACAUUGUGGCGCAGAAACGCAGACGGAGAACCCGUGUGCAACGCGUGUGGACUUUACACAAAGUUACACGGGGUGGCCAGACCCCUUGCCAUGAAGAAAGAAGGUAUUCAGACAAGGAAAAGAAAACCAAAAACCUUGAACAAACCAAAGGGAUCAUCUGGAAGUAGUUCUGUCCCCAUGACUCCAACUUCUUCAUCGUCUUCUAAUUCAGAGGAGUGCACAAAGAACAGUCCUUCAUCAGCGCAGGUGCCUGUAACAUCACUCAACUCUUCAACGCUGGUGGGCCAAGUCGAUGUUCCAGGCACGACGGGAUCCAUGGUGAAAUAUCACGGCCAGGAGAGUCUGUACACGAAUGUAGGCCUGACGUCCACAGCUGACGUGGCAACCUCCGUUAGAGGGGACACUUGGUGCCCCAUGGCCUUGGCUUAAACCCUGGCAUUAUGGGAUGGGAGCCAUUUGCUGUCCUUCAGCUCUCUAGAAUGUCCCUUAAAAUCUGGCAGGGUGUGGGGGUGUCAUCUGUUUUUGGUCUGUGUUAGUGAUCUUGAGCAGAGGCUUGAUCUGUUCCAAAUACUCCCGUUUUUUUUGUUUGACACGUGGAAUACUGGACAUCCACGAUGGAGAUUACCUUUGCUACUCUGCACUAGAGGACGACACUUGAGAGCGUCUGCUUUAACACUACUUUCAGAGCACACCCUGCACCAUGAAUGUUGCUCGGAGUGGAUCAAAAAUUAUUUUUUGUACAUAUCAAUGCUAACGGAUACUUCGCCCAUCUGGAAAGACGAGGUUGGUGAUUGGAUUGUGGUGAUCUGAAGCGAAAACGGUUGAUCUGUCUGAAACUGGAAUUGAAGAUGAAGUGUCAAGGUGUUCUUAUCGAUGAAUGCAAACAUAUUUAUGAAGCUACGGUUGUUCAAAUAAUGCCUAUAUUUGUCAAUAAAGAUCAUGUCAAAUAGAGUAGGACUGAAGCCUUGCCCUUCCUUUGAUAUCUUUUGUUUCAAGCAUGAUGUUGUUGCAGUGGAUGUUGCUCACUAAUCUGCACACCUUCUAUGUGAAAUUUAAAAGAAAACGAGAAAAA